AUCUCUACACGCUACUCCGUAUUUUGUACGCGGUUUACACGCACCUUGAACUCGAUUCCGCUCUCUGUCAAUGGCGCUGCUGCCAGACAUCAAAGCCUCGUGUGUCACAAUCAGUUCCACCGCUGCGGACGUCAUCUCUAGCACUCCGGGUCAACGACAUCUCACAGCUCGUGGCUCUCACCGUUCAUGAACCUCGACCAGAUCGGACUGCACACUUUCUCUUCUCCUCCUCGUGGUCACACCGCCAUCGACAUCCCAGAGUACGACGAAAAUCUCGCCCAGUCCUUGAAGGCCCCGAGUCUUUCGUCCACUCCUUCAGCAAGUGACUGGGUCUCGCCCUUCACGCUACCUCCUUUGCCGAGUCUGCAUCGCGAUCGCCAUCUACGAGAGCCUUCUCAGUCUCCUGAAUUUCAUCGCCAGCGAGCCGAGAGUGGUGCAUACUACGCAGCCGCCUGGGGCUCACCCUACGCUACGCCGAGUCCUCGAAGACGCCCUCGUCCCACGGACUGGUCGGCUCAGCGGAGCGACAUCGAAGACCAUCCUGCAUCAGCUUCUUUUGUCCGACUCUCUAGCCCUCUCUCGACGCGAAUUUGCAUCGACAGCCCAGAGGCCCGACCUCGAGGUCUCGACUCAAGUGGAAAGAGAAGGCAGGUGAAGAAGAAGGUGUUGAACCCGCUUUCCGAGAGACCCAAUUGGCUGAGCGAGUCAGAGGACAGUGGUUCCGAGAUAACUGCAAAAGAAGGAGAGAGAACACCUACCCGUCGGGCAUACCUAGACCAUUGGGGCAUAUCGCCUGACGAUAUCAGCCGGCGCCCGCAACGACACCAGUUCAGUGAGAGUCUUGCGACGGUGACCCCGGGUACUUCUCAUGGUCCUCAACCUGAGUUAGGAGUACCAGGCUUUUCGCGGCGACUACUGUCUCCUGCCGUCGAGGACAUUAUGGCGGAACUGGAAUCAGAGAGCACCGGAACAGGGGAAAAGCCUCUUCCUGACCCACCAUCACGACCCAUUGCGCCUGGAGAGGAGCAGAAAGCGAUGGCCAGCCCAACCUCGGAACAGCAGCGACUUCGAGUCACUUCCAUGCAGUCAUAUCAGCGGCCCAAGAAAAAGGUGGUGUGGAAGGGUAAGACCUGCAUCAUCGCAUUACCGCUCACGGACCGCGAAGCUGCUGGUCUCCCGCCUCUACUCACACCACAAGACAUCAAGGAACGCGUUGAGGGGUGGGCGAAAGCAGGCUACGAUGUGAAUGGCUUUGAGCUCACCGAUAUUGCGGAUGGACUGCCAUCGAAUUCUAGUGGGCAGAGCCGACCGGUGUAUCCAGAUCCAGCAGAUAUGCGAACCGAACGAACAAUGCGCAAAUACCAAGUUCGUAUCCCAGACCAGGACGAAUGGAACGCUUUUGUCAGCUUUCUCAAGGAGGAGAAACUUCGCGCACUGGGUGUGAGUCCAAGUAACUCGGAGGCACCUCCAUCGACCAAGUCGCCCUUUUCGACAAGUUUGAGUCGAGUUUCAUCCGGAUAUCCAGCGUUGGCGCCUUCGCCGCCCGUCUUGUCGUCUUCAUCGGCAAGCAAUCCUCUUCGGGCGACGAGCAACCCCUUUUCUCCGUCUUUGAUGUCGUCUGCGGGAAUCAGCCCACAACCUGGAUCUAUGACCUCUUCUCAAUACGCUGCUAUGCCAAGACCUUUGCAGGGACAUGGGUACAAGGCAUCCGUCGUACCUCAGAAUGCCUAUGGGCGAAUUACAUCACCAUUCGACGGGUCUAUAUCCCAAGCAAGCUCGUUUGGACACGGCUCUCGAUCAAAUGUGCCACUACUAUCCUCACGGCAAAACAGCUUCUCACCGAAUCAUCCCUUGCCGUUGCCAAACUUGGGCGAGGUUUUGUCUCCUCAACCACAACACGGUCCUGGCCAGAGAGUGAACUUUGUACCUGACUCCAAACGUUAUGGCCCAGUGUCGCCAGACAGCAACGUAAGCCGUGGCCAUCGCCAUCAGCAGACCCUUGGCUCAGCCGUCCCUCAGCAUACCGAUAUCCACGUACGUACACCAGAGAAUCGGGUGCCUUCGCCGCCUCCUAUUGAGAUUGCCCACCCUACGCCAAAGAGCCAUCGGCAUAACCUCAGCAUGGCUCUGCAACGAGGUGUCGAUGAGGCAGAGGCAGCAUCUCGCGCGCGUGGCGCUACCACCACCGGCGAGCAGGCAGAAAGUGUGCAACUUUCAUCCAGGAAAAGCUCCAUGAUAGACGAUGAGCCCCCCAUUCUAAGAAGACCGGAGACUAUGUCUGCCGCAGAUGAACGAUCUGAGAUCGAAACCAACCCAAGCAUUGCAGCGACUCCAAUGCUGCUGGAAGACAAAAAUCCAUUCGUGAAUUGGCAGGCAUUGAGCGACGCAGCAAAAGCAGAAUCAAAACCAGCCCUGGAAUCCACUUCAUCAACGUCGAAGCUUAAUGUGCAGGCGAAAGAGUUUGAUCCACAGGCUGGAUUCUCAAGUUCGAACUUUGCAUUCGGGGAUAGUAGCGAUUUCAAACCAUUUGCUUUCUCCCAGUCACCACAAGCCCCGGUGUCGCGAAAAUCUUCAGUCAAAAAUCGCUUAUCGCUGAAUGCGGAUGCUCCGGCCUUUACGCCUUCCCUCACAUCGCAAAAGACCCCAAAGGAGACACAGUUUAGGUUUAGUUCUGCCACCUUCAACGUAGAAGCGCCUGUCUUCAAUCCGUCAAGCUCACCAAGGACGAAUUUCCGGGCUGAAGAAGGCACUCCUGCAGUCACAAAUACUGAUAUCACAAACAGUAUCUUUGGUAACGUGGUCAUUGAUCCAACAUCAAAGGUGACGAGGAGGGCAGGCAAACCUAUUCCUAUCCAAGCUCCUAAGCAUAAGGAAACACAAGACCAAAGUCCACUCACAAGUGAAUACGAGGAUGAGAUAGAUGACUCUGGCCGGCCUAUGGCGCCUAGCGACCGACAAAAGAGGGCUCGUCGAACUGACAGCGAUGGGGAUAAGAGCCCGGUAUACGCUCAGUCGGCACCUUUCCACCACGAGAGAAUUUUGUCACAAAUUGUUGACGAUAUCGAUCAAAAUGGACCACCACCAGAGAGCCCGAAGAAACCAUCGGAUGGCUGGUCUUACAUUCCUGCCGAUGAAACCCCAUUGGAGACCUCCCUGGACGCACCAUUGCCUGAAGAAGACAUGGAUGCUAGUCAAGAGACCGACCAGGAGUUCACCAUGAAGAAUCAAGAAGAUGUUGCCAAAUUCAAUGAAGCUCGACCUGCUUUCGAUACGCAGCCCGAGAAACCUGUGCACUCUAUUGAACAGCAGAUGAAAGAUGAGGUAAAAGAUGAACCAGCUACGCCUACGAAAGUUGAAAAGUCAACAAGACCACCCAUCCGGAAGCCUAAAUCUUCCUUGUCAGCACUCGCAAAACCAUUUGAAUAUAAACCUCUUUCGUCUAGCCCGUAUACCUCGUCGGCUGCAAAGACCCCAGCUAGGCCGAAGCCGAGAGGAUUGGAGGCCUCGAAAUACGCAGUAUCAUCAAGCCCUCCUCAAUCUUCUGCUGACCUUACUGCAAGCCUGUCUUCACCUCCGGCGGAUUUGUACCAUUAUGUCGAGAAAGACAACGAUUCACUAAGCGACAAGGAGGAAAUCGUGGAGGUCAUUGAAGAGCCAUCGACCGACGAAGAAAUCGAGUCGCAGAAAGGAGAGCGAAGCUCCAAUCUGGACGCCUACGAGGCCGAAACGGUUGAAGUGACAGAAGAAGGACCCGCUGAAAAGCAUGAGCAGCCGUAUCAUGACGAAAUUGAGCUUGAUAUGCCUCGAUUGACAUUGCGCCACCACGAUGAUCCUUUGCCUUCGUUUGAGGAAAUUGAUGCUGUUAUGAAGCAGUUUGAGGUAUACCCAGAGCUCGGCAUUGAGCGUAACGACACACCUAUUCAAUCUACACCACUGGUUGACAUGCGCCUGGGAGAUAAUUUCCGAAGUGAUGCUCCCAGCCCCAGCCCACCACGACCUCAGGAGCAUUCGGCUCACAAUGAUGCCUCCCAUGCAGCACCAUCAAUCGGUUUGGGCAUUGGAGUCCACAAACUGAAUACAGGCAGAGAAGACGUGAGUGACUGGGAAGAUACAAUGUCAGCUCCAGAAGCCGCAAAACUGCAACUGCGAUCUCAGUUCUUCGACGGACAUGUGAACGACUUAGUGGAUGGCAUUCUCGAGAAUCGUCUAGGCCCGCUUGAACGAACUCUUCAUACCAUUCAAGAAUCUCUCACUUUCAUGGCAGGAGGAGUAAGGCCCAAGAGCAGUGGCCGUAGUGUCUCUACAGACCUCAAACAUUCCGACGCUGAUGAUGAGGACGACUAUGACGCAUUCGAGGGCUUUGCGGCCUACAGAUCGAAAUCUCCUGUCGCAAGAAGGAAUGAGCGCAGACAAUCCAAGAUUCGUGCUGCUGUUGCUGAAGCUCUUGCCGCAUACCAGCCAGCCCAGCCACCUCAACAGUUAAUCAAUGUUGCCGAGCUCAACGCAAUUGUCCAAGAGAUGAGAGAGAUGGCGCAACAAGCAGGAUCUCAAAAUACACAAAAUCAGCUCAAAACAAUUGUAGAGGAAGUAAUUUCUCAUCACCCUCGCCUACGCGGCUCGCGUGUUCAGCAGGAGCACGAGUCUACGGAGCAAAAGUACAAACCUCAGAUUGAUGGCCUCGAGUCUAUGCUGCAGAUGUCGAAAGAGCAUGCUGCUGAGGAGGUUCAACUUCGCCGAAAGGCAGAGGAGCAAGUUGCAGAGCUGAAGGUUCGCUUGCGUAUUGCAGAAGAAGAAGCCGCGCAGCACCGGGAAUCAUCCGAAGAAGCUCAACAGACGCUAGUGGCUUAUCUCGAGGAAAAGAAGUCGUAUGAGAAAGCGCAGGAAGAAGUCGAAGCGCUGGGUCUUAGGAACACUGCCCUUGAGAGCACGCUUGAAGAAUAUCGUGUCUCAAGUGAUCAAUGGCGAGAAGAUAUUCGUUCCGAACGAGAAAAGAACAAGGAGCUCAAGCACGCCUUCCAAGAGUUGCAGCAACACUUCGAUGAUCAAUCUCAUUCUCGGCAGUCUCUAAGAAACAAAAUUGAACGUCUGCAGUCACAAAUGACUCAAGCCGUCGAAGACCUGCAUGCGGAGCAAGCGGACUGGCGUCGUAAGGAACAUGAGCUUCUCGGAAGACUUACCCAGGUCCAACACCAGGUUGAUCUCGAACGCCGGCAUCGUGAAAAGACCGAAGAAGAGCUUCAUGCCAUGGACAAGGAACUUCGAGCCAAUCUUCAAGUCAAGCCUCUUCUGGAGCAAACUCAAUUAGAUGUGACCAGAUUGAACGAGCUUGUCGCGACUCUUCGAGAAGAAAACCGGGCCCUGGAUAUCAAAGCUUUCAACCUUGAUCGGGAAUUGACCAACAUAAUCAACACCAAAGAUUCAGAACUGGCAACGGCAACAGUGAAGUUGCAGGCUGAAUUGGAAAGUGCGCGUGGACAACUUCAGAGCAUCAAGACAGAUUCGGAGGCUCAAAUCUCACGACUGCAGAGUCGCCUUGAUCAUGCAGAGCUUGAUAUUGAGGAUCAAAAAGCUAAGCAUGAUGCUCUUCUUUCAGAAACUGUGGAAGCGCACAAAGAGGCAAUCCGCGAAGCAAAUGAAAAGAGAGAAAGCGCUCUGGAAGACCAACAUCAGGCUCAUGAGAAGAAACUGAAUGAUCUUCGCGAUCGCCAUACUCGCGAGCUGCACAACUCGUUCGACAACAGAACGAGGCUUGAACACCAUUUCAAUGAGAAACUCAGCUUGUCCGAAGAUAAGGUGAAACAUCUAGAAGGCAAGAUCACUGAUCUUGAAGAAAGAUUGGAGAUUACUAAAUCCGCAGCUCGUGCUGCAGUUGAAGCCGCUACUGCCAAAGGUGUCAACCUACCGACCCCGGCGUCUUCAGUCGUUGCGUCUCCACCACAACGUGCUACAAGUGCUUCGAUCUCGUUUGUCAAAGGGACCGAGGUUCCCGAAAAGAUCUCUCCACAAGCCCUGCGCGAGUCCAUCAUGGUCUUGCAGGAUCAAUUGCAAAAUCGUGAGCAAAAGAUUGAAAGCCUAGAAGCUGAACUCACCGCCGUGGACAAAGAUGCACCGAACAAGUUGAAAGAGCGUGAGACCGAGAUUGGCUGGCUUCGAGAGUUGCUCAGCGUGCGCAUGGAUGAUCUGGAAGAAAUUAUCCAUUCUGUUUCCCAGCCUGAUUUUGAUCGAGAGACAGUUAAGGAUGCUGCGAUCAGGUUGAAGGCAAAUCUACAAAUGGAACAACAGCUGAGAGAACGCGCAUCUGCCGGCCUAUCAAGUUCUUUCCCGUCAAUCUCAACCCUGACCAGCUAUGCCCAGUCGCCCCGAGCAUUACCAAUGGCAGCGGCGGCGGCGUGGGGCAACUGGCGUAGGGCUCGUGAUACCUCAAUCGGAGCAUUGUCUGAUCUGGCCACCAAUCUGGGCACUCAAACACCCACGAGGUCGACCAGCGGAAGUCCGAACAGCUUUCUCUCAGGCAUCAUUACGCCACCAGGCACCGCUCAGAAAGCAACAGGGUCUGGGGAUAUGCCUCCUCCAAGCGCGAGACCACUCGCAGCAGCGGCAGCGGCAGCUCGAAAGACGAGUUCAGAAGCACGACCAUUGAGAGGUUAUAGCUCACAACCACGAGCACUCUCAAGUAGACAUUCAGACAAGCGAGUUGAUAGUUCGCAAUCCGAACCUCGACCUCUCAGAGCCGAAUCACCACAUACACCCACCCAACCGAAGCGACCUAGUCUUGACCUUACGGAUGAUGUUGACGAAGACGCAUCACCUCUUGAUGGCAAAGAUAUGACGGCACGAAGAUUUCAGGACGAGAAUGAACCUGUGACUUCUGCAGAUUAAGCGGACUUGUACGGAACAAUGUCUGUGAACAGAAUUGCGGGUUCACUCGGAUGUCAAGUCCCAAAUUUUUCAACCAAAACCGCACGGCAAUUUACAUUAAUGACCAGCUCUGACUGUUGGAGCAAGCGUGAACUUGAGGAGGAAAUGGAAAAGGAGAAGGAGAAGCCAGAAAAUUGAAUAGUGGAAAGAAAUUUGUGUAGUCUGAUUUUUGUGCAUGGGCAUGGAUUGGCAAGCGUUGAUCUUUUUUCGAUGUUUUGGUUUUUCAAAACAGUCUGUCAUUGUCACUGUCACUGUCAAUUGUUGCUUGCUGGCCAGAUAAUACCCCCUAUUGUAUUUUCGUUUAUCUGUUUGGUUUUGUUGGGGUUUGUUUUGUGUGCUACACCACAACACCCCCCUUUUUUUAUUUUUCUUAUUUUUGGUUUUCUAUUCUAAUGUCUCUCUCGAGUCUCGACUCCUUUUUUCUUAUAUUUCUUUCUUCUCCUUCUCACACACACACACACACACACAUUUCUUUUCCUUCUUGUCUAGACGA